CGAGUGAGUGUGCAAGCCUCGAUCCUCAGAGAGAGAAAGAGAGAGCAGAGAGCGGUAGAGAACAGCAACACUGAGAAAUUGUGAGUGCUAUGGGUAAGUGGACUGUUAAAAGAUAGCAGAUAAUGGACAAAGUGAGACGAAAGACAGUUCUCCACAGGUCUAUCACAUUUUUAUCUAUCCAUCCAUCCUGGAGAGGGAGAAGGAGAGAACGGAGGACUUGAACAGGCUGACUGGGAUGGGACUCUGACAGUACUCAGUUACCUGGAUACGGCUUCCUGGACUCAAAGAAAAAUGGGGGUGUAGCAGGGAAGAGCUCAAACCAAAAGCCAGUGAUUUACAUGGACUUGUUCAGCCUGGGUGUAACGAUGAAAUAAUCACCCCUCUAUCCACACAGACACAUGGAAUGGUGAGGGUGCAGAAUUCACCGCAACACUUCUUACCACAAACCACUCCUGAGUGUGCCAUUGGACCAGACAGAACAGGGCAGAAAAACUCUAAACCACUCCUGAAUUCUCUCCAACAGGACAUUGUAAUCAAUCAGAAGGAAUGUUCUCCCUUGGCCAAGUUUUGAGUGAUACCCAGAAACCUUGCCUGAUUUUAAUUAAAGAAAAUACUCCUAAGAACCACUUACAAACGGAUGGGUAAUAAGAUGUGAGUUUAUUUGUGAAUGAAUAUGGAAUGUUAAGCGUUUGGCUGCCAAGAAUUCAUUGUUUCAGCCUCCUAAAUUGCUUCAGUGCCCUUAUCGGUUAGUUGAGAAGCUGGGUUCUAUAAUUAGAAAUCCCUGGGAAACAUGAGAACUGAGAGAGACUCAAGGACUCUGAUUUAUUUCAGAUUAACCCCAUCUAUGGACCCUGAGAUAAGAGAAUAACAUUGUACAGAUAUUACAUUCUCUUCAGAGCCGCACCUACAGUAUACAAAGAAUGAGGAUCUCCCCUGCUCCUGCUGCUCCUUCCUCCCUCCUUUUUGACCCCUUCCUUUAAAGGAGUUUAACAGAGACCCAUGGUACUGUACACUAAAGCAACACUUUGGCGAUAACGAAGAGCCAGCUAAGCACAUUGAGAAGUGUACUAUAUUCUAUAAUGUGACAUAGAGACUCAUAGAUUUAGCCGGUGGUAACUUGUGGGAAAAGACACCGGUUGGAAUGUGGUUUUAACCAAUCAGCAUUCAGGAUUAGACCCAGCCGUUGUAUAAAAAAUGAUAUACACAAAGUCAGAUCUUAACUCCCAGUAGGAGAAACCCAAAAUUAAGGUAAACUGGACAAAAUGGACAACAUGGCCGCCAAUGGGACCAGCAACUACCCAGCAUACCCCACCGACUUCCCCUACAACUCCAGCCUAGACUAUGAGGACUACGACCAGGAACCUGACACCAGCAAGAUCAUCAUCCCCUCCAUCUACGCCCUGGUCUGCUGCGUGGGUUUAACAGGCAACACCAUGGUUAUCUAUGUUAUCCUUAAGUACGCCAAGAUGAAAACCGCCACCAAUAUUUAUAUAUUGAAUCUGGCCAUUGCAGAUGAACUCUUUAUGUUGAGUGUGCCGUUUCUGGCGACAUCGGCGGCUGUACGUCAUUGGCCAUUUGGCUCGCUCAUGUGCCGUCUGGUGUUGAGCGUGGACGGCAUUAACAUGUUUACGUCCAUCUUCUGUCUGACGGUGUUGAGCGUGGAUCGAUACGUGGCCGUGGUUCACCCUAUCAAGGCUGCCCGCUACCGCCGACCGACUGUUGCCAAAGUAGUCAACGUCUGCGUGUGGGGCCUCUCGCUCCUCGUCAUCCUCCCCAUUAUAAUUUUUGCCGACACGGUCCCGGCGCAGGACGGCGGUGUGGACUGCAACUUUCUGUGGCCUGAGGCAGCGUGGUCGGAGGCGUUCGUGGUCUACACCUUCCUGCUCGGCUUCCUGCUUCCUGUGGGCGCAAUCUGCCUCUGCUACUGCCUGAUGGUGGCGCGCAUGCGGGCGGUCGGGCUGAAAGCCGGUUGGCUGCAGCGGCGACGCUCUGAGAAAAAGAUCACCCGGAUGGUGGUGUGUGUGGUGGCGGUUUUUGUCCUCUGCUGGAUGCCUUUCUACAUCGUCCAGCUGGUCAGCGUGUUCCACCACCCUCCCAACCCCAUGGUCACCCAGCUCUUCGUCAUCCUAAGUUAUGCCAACAGCGGCGCCAACCCGAUCCUCUAUGGCUUUGUGUCGGAUAACUUCCGCCGGUCGUUCCAGAGGAUUGUGUGUUUCCGUUGGUUGGAGUCUGGGCUGGACUGUGAACAGGUGGACUACCGUGCUGUAGCCCUGAAGAGACAGGCCACCAAUGGACAAAAAGAUUUCCCUAAAGAAUGUCUGGCAUCUGAUAUGGUGUUCCGGAAUGGAACAUAUACCUCACGCACUACUACAUUGUGACAGGGACAAGGUGUUGUGGAUGGAACCCCACACUGAGAGUGAUAGGGAAGCAACGAAUGACAACGGAUAAAACCACACAUGAACAAUGAUGGAGGCCAUAAGGACCAAUUAAAAAUAUGAAAUAAAUUAUGUUCUCUC